GUGCACAGGUGGACGAGGACGAGCGACGACGACGGCGACGACGAGACGUGCGUGUCUCAGUCGUGAACGAGCGAGCGAGCGAGUGGUGCGAGUGCGCGCGUGUGAAAUUCCGCGCGGCGCGCGAUAAAAGGACGAAAUAAGAGGUAGACGUGACGUUGGAAGAUAACAAGGAUACGCGAAACGUGAGGAAUGUGAUGCAUGAAGCAACGUGAGAAGGGAACGGCGAGACGUAUUUAACGGAUGCGUGACAGGAGAUCUUUAACCUCGGAUGAUUAUACGAUCGUUCGACUUUGCUCACGGAUCGGUGUAAACAUCGGUGACGGAUUGAUGAAAGCGCUGGCACGAGCCCUAGGAAAUAACGAUUCGUGAUCGAUCGAAAAACAUGCUCGUACCUCGCGCGACGAGCUUUCUCGUUAUACUAAAAUAUCAAGGCCGAUGCUAAUUACGGUGGCGCGAUAAGAGGUGAUACCGGCCGAGGAAGUGAGACAACCAAGAAAUUGCCGAGAUCAAAAAAGAAUUAGAAAAGAAUAGGAGGGACAGAGAAACCGCAUUAGUUGAUGAUACAAUGUGAAAGGUGCAGUUAUUGCAACUGCAGUCGGCUGAAGAGAUGUUGACGUUGAUCGGUGGGCUCAUCGUUGCUUAUUUCGUCUACAUUCUGAUCUUAAGGAAAAAUGACAAACCGUCUACAGAUCCGCCAGCUAUGGCGCACGCGGCGCUCAGAGAGAUCGUCGAGCGAGCUGUCGACGAAGCUCGGAAGUUGCCAGGAUUAAAUGCAUCCGUGGACUCCGAGCAACCUCAAGAAGAACACCCUGUUACGGAUGAUAGUUAUGAGGAUCUCCUUGCUACCGCGAUACUUAAUAAGGUCAUCGAAAAAUAUCAAAGGGAACGGGUUGAUGGCAACAGCAACGUUCUACACGACACAAAUUCGCCUAAAGCAAAAUAUACCGCAAACGAGAGCAAGCAUGGCCUUGAGGAAGAUGUGGCGAGUUACGCAUCCGACCAUCUCGAAUGCAACGGUGAUCAUUGUGCGUCGAUCAGGCAGAAUGAAGAUCAUCAUAAACCAGUGUCCUUUACGAUGGAAGAAAGAAUCGAGGAAGUAACUACGAUCACGUCAGACAAUGAUGAACUUCGAGACAACGGCGCUUUGGAAUUCGGUUGCAGCAGACGCGUACCGUUUCCAGAAUAUGGGAUGGAUAUCAUUGACCCUCCGCGAGAAUUACCCUCGCCGUCGCCGUCAUCAUCGUCGGAUUCUUCAGAUUUAAAUCGCAACGAAUAUCCGCCGGUCAGGACGAAACGUCACGCUGCUGGUCAUAUAAUGGAUAUAGUCUCGCCAAUCGAGUCUUGGGAGGACAAUUGGCUAUUCCAGAAAAAGAGGAACUCCCGAUCACAGCCAGACGCGGUUGCUAUGUUAGUACCGAGCUCUAACGCAUAUUAUAAGGCUCUAAUCGGCGAUCGGGAUGCUGAGGACACGUCUGAUUUAUCCGAAUGCUCAUCUACGAAAUCUGACGAAGAAAUCGAAAAGGAACUGAUGGAGGCGAUCAACAACGUGAUUCCGAGAACUCCCAGGAUCUCUGAAAGCGACGUGACAAAUAAUCAGAUAGAAAAUCGUCAGGAAGGAAUAAGCAAGACGCAAUUCGAAAAAGACAAAGUCGAUACUUGUCAAGCGAUAAAAAAAACUGAGAAGAACGCAACUGUUUGCGAGAAUUACAAUGGAAAAUAUUACGAGGAACACUUGAACGCCUUGGAAAAGAAUACAGCCAAACGUGAAGAUGAUAAAGAAAAUCGAAAUGAAAGUCCACUGAUAAUAGUAGUAGAAGAAGAUGACGGAGCCAAAGAGAAGCCUAAGGAUACAGCCAAAUGCGGUGAAAAGACAACCGCGAUCGCGGUGGAAAGUUUUGUGCAAAAGGAAGUAAAGAUGAAAUCUGAGAAAUCGAGUGAGAGGAGCGAUCGAGGGGAAAACGUCACGGACGAAAACGAAGAGCAACGAGAGAGCGAAUAUACCGAACAUUACGACACCGCGAUCCAGAGACAUUUAGAUAGUUUAACGAAGAUUGAAGCUUGUUCUGGAGAGAGCGAGACGACUGAUGGAACGAGAAAAACGGAUGAACAGCUUAGAAAAUCAGAGACCAAUUCGAUCGAACUACCAAAAAGUAAACGUUCAGAAGUCGAAGUCCAAUUGUCUUACGCAAUAAUCGACAAGAAUCACGUCGACAUGACAAGUGAAAAUGAUCCAUUAAGCACCCCUCCACGACCAGGCACAAUAGCGGAACGCGAGCACAAAAAAUGGGAAAACGCUGCACCAAUUGAAAACAAUCCCUACAGCGAGGAGAGCAUACGAAAGCGAUGUUUAGAAAGGCAAUAUUCGAAAAAUUCGGAUAUUCCAGGAGCCCAUUACGAGUUAACAAAGCUGAACGAAGUGAGUCUGGAGACACUAACACCUGGUAGACCGGACAUCAAACGAUUCGGCAGGGAUUACUACAUCAACCAAUCGAAGGCAGCCAAUGGAGAACGACAGGAACGGACCAGAUCGACGAUGUCCUCGAUGUCGAGCAGACCGAGCAGCUCGCUGUCACAGCAAUCGAGCUGCGAUGAACAACAUGAACGACAGGAAGAACGACUAUCUACAUCUAAAGAGACGAACGAUAGUAUUUCGAUCCUGCAAGGAGAUAAAGAUACGAAGACCACGGCCUCAUGGCGCAAGAAUAAUGCCGAGGUAAUUAGUUCCGAAACAAAUAAUCGCGCCGUGAAUUCGUGUGUUCCCGUUGAUCAGAAAGUCAAAAGCGAGAAAGACACGCCUGAUAAAAUGGCACAGAAGGGUCGCCAACACACGGACGAAAUUCUGGAGAAUCAGAGAAAAAACAAUAAGAAUGAGAUUAAUGCCAAGCUCAACAAUCAGGAGCAAAGUAUCGAAGCUGAACACAAAGACGAUAUAGAGCAAAAAGUUCGCAAGAUCAACUUGAAAGCAUACGGUUUCGAGAACGAGUUUUCGGAUAAGAAGAAGUCUCAACAAAUCCGGCAACAAAGAAUGGUGAAUAGAUUGGACCUGAGUUCCUUCGGCUAUCAAGACGGCCUGCGUCGCGCCCACUCCAACAAUCAAUUGGACCAGCCAUUACGGAACAACGAUAAAUCAAACUUGACUAAACGUAGAUAUAAAGGAUCCUUGAUUGACACACCAAGAUCAUUCAGCUGCAAGGAUUUCGCAAAGAGCUUAAGAGGACUCAACGAACUACGGGAUGAAGUCGAGGAGGUAAAUUCGCAGCUAACAUCCGCCAAAUCGAUGCCAAAUGUCGCUGAAGACGUAUAUUAUCACGCGAAUCCGGCUUACGUGAACGACGUGCAGAAUGAACUGACCACCAACGAUCUACUAGAUCUUAUGAAGAAACGCGAUGCGAUCGUUGAGGAUGACAUUUUGCUGCUAAACGAUUACGAUGAAAUCUCAUCCGACGUCGAGAGAUCUUUUGAGGAUAUAUAUAUUAUGACCAAGGCACAGCCUCGGGAGACGAAUGAAGAAUUGCGGGUGAUGCCCUCAGUGAAAAGACUCGCGGAAGUGUUCGGCAGGCAACAGACUUCCGAAAAGACUGCCGUGCCCGCGAAAGUAUACAGAGCUUCGGUGGCGAAAGUAGAUGAUACCAAUAGAUCGGCCACUCCUGAGAUACAGAUAAUUAAAACGCCCAAGCAGAUGCACAGUUUGACAGCCAGAUCUCUUUCGAAGGAAUUUCGUGAAGGUUUACGUCAAAUGCCCGGAAAACUGACAUCGCCACCGGUCAGUCGAUCAUUAAUAGAAGAGCGAUCGGCAAAUCGAACAGAAGUCAUUCGAUCGAAACAAGAGAGCAACGAUACCACCGUGAUCUCACCCGGCAAACUUAAAUCGAACAUAAUAUUUUGGGAGCAAAUACAGAAAAGAAGUUAAAUAGUAUUUUUCCGCAAAUUUUUAAUAAUCCUUGCAGUAUUCUGAUAUUUAUAAGACAGUAUGGAAAAUUACGGUCGCGAAAUCAAUUUUGUAU